ACCAUAAACAAUGAGAUCCUUCAUUUGUUUCCACUACUAAAACGGAAAAGUUGCAGUCAAUGUUUUCUAGAUUUUGAAAGUAGUCUAAUCACAUGUAAAUAUACUAUAUUAUCUAGAAAUAUUUGUUUUGAGCCGCCAAUAAUGUAAUGGAUGAGUUGGAUGAGGUGUGACUGAAUUCGAAUGUGUUGUCACAUUGUAAUUGGAUAGGUGCAAAUAUACUGCGUCAACGUUGUGUUAUGUUGUGCCAAAGAAUGAAUAAUUCAAAUAAAAAGAAGUUUUUUGAAGAUCAUGACACAGUUGAAUUGAAUUGAAGAGUGGUAGCAUCAGAAAGAAGAGAAAGAAGGGAAUGACGUGGAUUCGCCAGCAGCUCAUGAAAGCUAUUACACUCGGCAUGAUUGUUGGGUCUGCACUGAUAAUAUGGAAAGCAUUGGUGUGCAUGAGUGGCACUGAAUCUCCUGUGGUGGUUGUUCUCUCUGGAAGCAUGGAACCAGCGUUCAAGCGGGGGGACAUCCUAUUCUUGUAUAUGAGCAAAGAUCCAAUUCGGGCAGGCGACAUUCUUGUCUUUAAUGUUGAUGGGCGUGACAUCCCCAUUGUUCAUCGCGUAAUUCAGGUACAUGAAAGACAAGAUUCUGGGGAGGUCGAUAUUCUCACCAAAGGAGAUAGCAACGAGGAUGAUGACAGGGUAUUGUAUGCUCAAGGUCAGCUUUGGCUACAAAGGCACCACAUUAUGGGAAGAGCUAUUGGGUCCUUACCUUAUGCUGGUUGGGUCACAAUUAUCUUGACGGAAAAGCCUAUCAUUAAGUAUGUCCUCAUUGGUGCAUUGGGGUUGCUCAUCACCAUUUGAAGACAGCAAAUCAAAAUCAAAAUAAAAACCAAACCUCCUUAUAGCUGUUCCUACUUGUCCACUUGUUCAUUACACGUUGCUUCAUCCCAAUGCCCUGAUGCUACAGGAUACUAAUUGUCCUUUAAUUUAUACACAAAUAUUAGCUAAUAUAUUGAUGCUUUGUAAAUUUUAAUAAAAAAGUGUAAGAUUGAUUUUUUUUUUUUCAUAUAUUAAGAGCUUCGAAAGAACUAUUACUUUUUCAUUCUUU